AUGGAGCUCUCAUAUCUCUUCCUGUAUUUUGUUCUUAUUCUUCUCAUUCUUGCCGGUGGCAUCUGUUUGUUCAAACUCAGACACAAUCACAAAUCUAUAGGUGACCAGGAAAACUUGCCACCAGGGAGCUUAGGAUGGCCUUUUAUAGGUGAAACUAUUGAAUUCCUGAAGGCAGAGAAUUUUGUGUAUGAUAGGAUGAAGCAACACUCUCCAGAUAUUUUCAAGACUAAGAUUCUUGGAGAAGAAACUGCAGUCAUAUGCGGUCCAAACGGCAACAAGUUUCUCUUUUCCAAUUAUGAUAAUAUCUUCACUGCAUUCCGUCCCCAUUCCAUGCAAAAGCUGUUUCGCUCUUAUAACAACCAUGCUGCAACUCCUGUUAAUAUUACACGCGAUGCAGAAGUGCAAGUCACGAGGGCACCUGGGUUCCUGAAGCCUGAAGCCUUAGUGGGGUACGUAGGCAAAAUGGAUUCAAUAACACAACAGCAAAUGCGAAUUUAUUGGGAAGGCAAAGACGAAGUGAAAGCAUUUUCUCUAGCUAAGACUUUAACAUUGACUCUCGCUUGUAAUUUUUUCAUGGGUACUGAAGAUCCAGAGCAUGUUGCCAGGGUAAACAGGAGUUUUUAUGAUAUAACACUAGGAAUGCAUUCUAUUCCUGCGAAUUUUCCUGGAACAAAAUUUUAUAAAGCAAGCAAAGCUGCUGCAGCAGUUCGCAAGGAGUUAAGGGCUGUAAUUGGUGAGAAGAAAGCUGCAAUCGCUAGUGGAGAACAGACGGUCGAUAUACUAUCACAUAUGAUUGUAGCUACAGAUGGAUCUGGGAAACACAUGCCUGAGGCUGAGAUAGCAGACAAAAUCAUGGGUUUGCUUGUUGCAGGAUAUAGCACAGUGGCUACUGCCAUGACUUUCUUCGUGAAAUAUGUUGGAGAGAGACCUGACAUAUACCAUAAAGUCCUUGCCGAGCAAAGGGAAAUCGGAGCCUCUAAGAAGCCUGGGGAGCUCUUAGACUGGAAUGAUAUGCAAAAGAUGAAAUAUUCUUGGAAUGUGAUAUGUGAAGCGAUGAGACUGACACCGCCACUUCAGGGAACUUUUAGAGAGGCCUUGACAGAUUUCACUUAUGCUGGCUACACAAUUCCUAAAGGAUGGAAGGUAUAUUGGACUGUAAGUACAACAAACAAGAACCCAAAAUACUUCCCAGAUCCAGAAAAAUUUGACCCCUCAAGACAUGAUGAAACAAAUAGCUUCCCAGCUUACACAUUUGUUCCGUUUGGAGGCGGCCCUCGGAUGUGCCCAGGAAAGGAGUAUGCUCGGUUAGUAAUACUCACUUUUGUUCACAAUUUGGUGAAGAGAUUUAAAUGGGAGAUGGUGCUUCCGAAGGAACGAAUUAUAGGUGACAUGAUGCCUAUCCCAGAAAAAGGACUUCCAAUUCGUCUUUACCAUCACUAA